AUGUUUACAUGGCGGUUCAAGCCUCAGCGGCACCGCGAUGCCAAGCCCGGAGAGACCACCUUGCGGCGCGGAGCUCCAUCCGACUGCUUGACAACUACAUACAACUUAGACCACCCAUUGCUCCCAGCCAUCUCUGGUCAUGGCUUUUACAGCUUUUGGGACUGGUUCGAUGACCGGACAUGGCACCCCCUUGGGCGUGUUACUGGUGGUACUUUGUACCCGGGCUUGAUGGUAACGAGUGGUGUCAUAUACCAUAUUUUCCGAUUCCUUUCCAUUCCAGUAGAUAUCCGGAACAUCUGCGUGCUGCUUGCUCCCGGCUUCUCUGGCUUGACUGCCAUAGCUAUGUAUCUCCUUACCCGCGAAAUGUCUCCUUCACCGUCGGCUGGUCUUCUUGCUGCUGCCUUCAUGGGAAUUGUGCCUGGUUACAUAUCUCGCUCCGUCGCUGGUAGUUACGACAAUGAAGCUAUUGCGAUAUUCCUUCUCGUCUUUACGUUUUAUCUUUGGAUUAAGGCAGUGAAAAAUGGAUCAAUUAUGUGGGGUGUUCUGACAGCCUUGUUCUACGGUUACAUGGUAUCUGCCUGGGGCGGAUAUGUCUUCAUCACCAAUUUGAUUCCGCUUCACGUAUUCGUUCUCAUCUGUAUGGGCCGAUACAGUUCCCGCCUUUAUAUCAGCUACACUACAUGGUAUGCGCUAGGGACCCUGGCCAGCAUGCAAAUCCCCUUUGUGGGGUUCCUGCCUAUUCGAAACAGUGAUCACAUGUCGGCGUUAGGGAUUUUCGGUCUCAUACAGGUGGUGGCAUUUGUCGAGUUCAUUCGCUCCCAGGUACCAGGGAAACAAUUCCAAACUCUACUCACGACCAUCAUAUGGCUCAUAUUCGGCGUCUCUUUCUUCGGCCUUGUUCUUCUCACCGUUUCCGGUGUCAUUGCUCCCUGGAGUGGCCGGUUCUAUUCUCUAUGGGAUACUGGUUACGCUAAAGUCCAUAUACCGAUUAUUGCUUCCGUUUCAGAGCAUCAGCCAACCGCUUGGCCUUCAUUCUUUUUCGACCUUAACAUGUUAAUAUGGCUCUUCCCAGCAGGUGUAUAUAUGUGCUUCAGCAAACUAAAGGAUGAACACGUGUUCAUUGUUAUCUAUGCAGUUCUCGCGAGCUACUUCGCCGGGGUCAUGGUUCGACUGAUGCUUACUCUCACACCCGUUGUCUGUGUUGCCGCUGCAAUAGCUUUGUCGAGUAUCCUCGAUACCUACCUUCUUAGCUCUCCAGUGGAGCAAGAUGACAGCGAGAAUUUACCGAAGGGAGGUCUUCGAUCUACGCGGACACAGGUUGUAGGGAUUUAUUCCAAACUUUCAAAGGGGUUAAUUUCUACCUCCAUCGUUAUCUACCUCCUCAUGUUUGUGGUUCAUUGUACCUGGGUGACAUCAAACGCAUACUCGUCCCCUUCUGUUGUUUUGGCAAGUAGAACGCCCGAUGGGAAUCAGCUCAUCAUUGACGACUUCCGUGAAGCCUACUACUGGUUACGCCAAAACACUCCAGAAAAUGCUAAGAUCAUGUCGUGGUGGGAUUAUGGCUAUCAAAUUGGCGGCAUGGCUAAUCGCCCUACCCUCGUCGAUAACAAUACGUGGAAUAACACCCAUAUUGCAACAGUCGGCAAAGCAAUGAGCUCGCGUGAGGAAGUCAGCUACCCCAUCCUCCGACAACAUGAUGUUGAUUACGUGUUAAUUGUCUUUGGCGGAUUGGUGGGAUACUCUGGAGAUGAUAUCAACAAAUUCCUAUGGAUGAUUCGAAUUGCCGAAGGGAUUUGGCCAGACGAGGUCAAGGAACGAAAUUUCUUCACCUCUAAAGGUGAAUAUCGUGUCGAUGGAGAGGCUAGCCCAGCCAUGCGAAACAGUCUGAUGUAUAAAAUGUCGUAUUCCAACUUCAAUGCGCUCUUCCCGGGUGGUGAAGCGGUUGAUCGUGUGCGUGGUGCGCGUCUCCCGGCUCAAGACCCACAGUUGACUACGCUUGACGAAGCUUUCACCAGCGAAAACUGGAUCAUCAGAAUCUUCAAGGUCAAGGAUCUUGAUAACGUCGGGCGAGACCAUAAUAAUGCCUCCGCGUUCGAUAGGGGCCGCAAGAAGAAGAAAGCACCGAAGAAGCGGGGACGGAGGGUAUUGAGAACCGAAUAA